AUGGAGGUCCCUCCAGGAAUGAGCGCGGACGACUCGCGGGUACCAAUCGUCGUCGGCGUCACGAGCUUUGUGCUUUCAGUUGCCUUCUUGGCUGUAUCAAUACGAGUGUACACCAGAAUAUUCGUGAUACGGCAAUUUGGUAUGGAUGAUUGGGCAUCCGUCUUUGCUUUUGUAGGUUUUGGAAAGUCCUCUCCAUCCCUUGAACCUGAUUCUGACCACAACUCUGUAGCUGUUGGUUCUUGGAUGCGGCUUGGCUGUCGCACUGAAAAUGGCCUCGGUCAUCAUGUUUACUUUCUUACUUCGGAACAAAUUCAAGACUACAUGAAGACAUUCUACGUCACCAUUGUAUUCUAUAAUGCAGCAUUGGCUGGUAUCAAGAUGACCUUCCUUUUUCAAUAUUACCGAGUCCUGGCCGUCCAAAAGAUGAAGAAGGUCUUCAUUGCGGCCAUGGUAAUAGUCGGCGCAUGGAGCAUUUCGCAGAUCCUUGUCGAGAUCUUCAUCUGUACCCCUAUCCCGGCAUUCUGGGACAAGACCGUUGAUGGCAAAUGCAUCCCGAACUACCCCCAAUGGUACAUCAACGCAGCAGGCAAUAUCAUCACCGACAUUAUUGUAUUUGUGCUGCCGCUGCCAGUUAUUCACAGACUGAAUCUGGCCCGAGGCCAGAAAUAUGUCUUGCUUGGUAUCUUCUGUUUGGGCUUUUUCACAUGUACCAUAUCCUUCAUCCGAAUCCGAUUCCUCAAGCUCGAAGAAGACUUCACUUGGCAAAAUGUCGAGACCGCCGGUUGGUCCAUCGGCGAGCUCUGCUGUGGACUCGUCUGCGCUUGCCUACCGACAUUCCGACCCUUGGUCUCUCGAUUCAUUCCCGCCCUGUCGAGUCGUAUUGCGAAAUCCUCGAAAUACCACAAGAACGGAGACUAUUCUGAAAACACCGAAAGUACCUCACGCCACCGCGAUCCCGAGCUCGGUGGUACACUUGGCAACCCGAAUCACUACUCUGCCCGCUACUCGAAACGACGAACUGGCUCGGCGGACAGCAAGGCUGAUCUCUAUGGCAUCGCCAGCUACGAUUUGAGCCACUCUGAUGCGAGCCGCGAGACAGGGCUGCCCAUCCAAGCCUCGAGAGAUAGCCCGGAUUUCACCAGUCAGACCGAUAAGAUGCCGUCUCCAUUACGGCAACAGGAGUCUAUCGAAUUGGGCGGAUAUAGACCAAACCACCACGCCGUCGUCGAAACAAGAAUCGAAGCGGGAAGGAGAGUCUCUGAUGACGAGAUCGAGCUGCAGCCAGGAGCGCCGAUCGAGGUUAAGUGCGAUAUUGUGCAGGUCUCCUCACAGAAAGUUGAGGCAAGGGGUUUCUCAUGA